AGUCGACUACAAGGACUACAUGUCGACGGACGCCGGUCUGCUGUCCAGCUUGACGCAAUUGCGCGAGUUUGGCAUUUCAUUUAUUCGCAACGUCCCGACCCAGGAAGGCGAGGUUGCUCGCGUCGCACAGCGCAUUGGACCGAUUCGCGACACCUUCUACGGUCGCCACUGGGACGUCCGCAGCGUCAAGAACGCCAAAAACAUUGCCUAUACUUCCCUGGACUUGAUGCUGCACCAGGACCUGAUGUACUUUGAAGCUCCGCCCGGCCUGCAAUUCUUGCACGCCCUCGAGGUGACCGUCCCUACCGGCGGCGAGUCGCUCUUUGUGGACGGCUUCCGCGUGGCCGAAACGCUCCGACGCACUCACCCACAUCACUUUGACACGCUCGUGCGCGUCCCAGUCACGUACAACUACGUGCACCCACACCAGCACCGCAUCAUGCGCCACCCCAUCAUUUCGUUCGACCCGCACAACGCUGAAACGCACCUCUUCUACUCGCCUCCCUUCGAAGGCCCGCUCGACGUCCCACCAGAAGAUGUCGUCCCCUUCUAUGAAGCCUACCGUGAAUUCACCAAGCUCGUGGACGACCCUCAGUACCGACUGCAGUUCCGCCUCCAAGCCGGCGACCUCGUUGCCUUCAACAACCGCCGACUCUUGCACGGUCGCACUGGGUUUGAUCCCUCCAGCGGCAACCGCCAUUUGCAGGGCACCUAUGUUGACUGGGAUGAUUUCAAGAGCCGAGCUUCCAUCAUCCGGCGGUUGUGUUCCACCCAGACUCCUUCGGCAGCGUCGUCAUAACUUGCGACUUGUUGUUUUGUGAAAAGAAGACCAAAAAAAACCAGUAUAGACGAUAAUGUUGUGUGUUUGUUGUUCGCUUUUGUUUGUGUGUCUGUUUCGGCUGUUUCUUGUUCGGCCGCUCUUGUAUAUAUGCCACAGUGUUUGGAAACAUACAAGAUUUUAUUACUGUA